AUGCAAAACAAUGUAAUUUCUAUUGUUGAUAACUACUGCAGUGUGAAUGACUUCAGUGUUAUGAUAGCUCAGUCAAAGGAAUACAAGAAAGCUCUCUGGGGUGUUUUAAAUAAUUACACUACCGAACAAUUAGAAGCAUUUUGUCAAAAAUGCCGAGAGAGAUUCGAAAAAACAACAUCAUCACAAGAUAUAUUAUUCAUAGCAAAGUCUAUCAUGAUAAUAUAUGCAAUUCAUAAGAUAUUUCCAUCAAAUAUUCAACAAUUUGAUAAUUAUCUUAGUAAAUUUUACACAGAAAAAUCAUCUAACGUGCAAAUAUACCAAACAUUCGUACUAGCAAAGCUAUGCAAGCAAGAAGAUUCUGCUUUUUCGCGUAAAAAAAUCACAAUUUGUCACUCGAAAAUCAAAGAUUCGAUAGAUUUACAAUCAUCCGCUUAUUUUCUAUAUUAUCUUUCCAAAUAUUGCACUCAUACUAUCAUGAUUGAUUUUGCGAUGUAUUUAGAUUGCAUAAGAACACUUUUAACAAAGAAAUUAGACUUGAUGCCAGUCUGCACGGACUCAGUGCACAAUUUUAUGCAUUAUUUAGCAUCAAAAACCGAAGAUGCAAAAGCAAAUCAUAUAAAUAAGUUAUUAGCAACGGUAGAUGAAUGCAUAGGAGAUAAUCAGAUAGAUCUUGCGUUCGGAAUCCUUUCAGUCAUACUCGAUCACAAGUUUUCUUAUCCGCAUCUUAAAAACAAAGCCGAAGCAAUAAAUUUAUUAAUUUCGAAGUACACGGUAUUCAAAAAUCUUAAAUGCCACGAACUCAUACUAUGGUGCCAAAUCAAAGCCGCACCUCUAAACCUCGAAAUGUUCAGAAUCAGAUUUUUAGUUCAUUUUCUAAACAAUUUAAUGGAUCUUUCCACCAUGAAAACAAUUUCUCCGAUUACAGCAAGUACAUACAUCGAAGCAAUUAAGCUCUUUCCUGAGUAUUUCAAAAAAUCCGAUAUUACAAAAACUUUGGCAGCAAUGUUAUCAAAUCCGAACAUACACGAAGGCUAUAUAUUGCUCAGCAUGAUGAAUGAGAUCCCUAAAUACGAUCCUUACCUUCCUAAAAAGAUGAAUAAAAUUCUUCCAAUUUUACAAAGCGCACAAAUCACUCCAAACUACGUAGAAUACAUGCCCGGCAUAUUUAAGAAGAUUCCAGAGCUCUGGGGUGUCUACAAACAUCAGUUCCUCCAGCAAAUGUUACAAUUACUUAAAAAACCUGACAUUUUAGCAUUGAAAGUUUUAGCGAAAUGUCAUCCGAUCAAUUCUCCUGAAUUACUGAAUAUUCUAUCACAGUUACUUGUCCAUCCCAACGACAACAUAAGGGCAGCUGCUCCUGCAGCAUAUCUCCAUCACGGACAGUUUUUAGAUGCGAAAAUUUUGUCACAAAUGACCGACCAAUUAUUGACAAGUUGCAUGUGCGAGAAAUCAUGGAAAUCUCGGUUGAGCAUCAUCGAAGCAUUCAACCAAGCAACGUGCAGGUAUUUGUCAUCAAUUACUGCAUUGAGAUGGCUAGAAGUACUUGCAAAUGAUGAAAACAUCGAUGUCAAAAAAGCAGCAUUGAAUUUAUUAGUUAAUUUAUCAAAUUUUUCACCGUUAACUGUUGAACCUGUCAUCAGACAUUUGAUAUUGAAUUCGAUGUUCAUCUUAAAGGCACCAGGAAGUCAUAGAUUAAGAGCAGAAACAUCGAGAUUGCUGUCUGUCAUUGCAAAAGCAACUGAUUUACUCCCAAUCUACAUCGAUGACAUGAUGAACACAAUAAUAGCUCAUUUCUCACAGCCUCCAUCAUCGAAAAUGACGUAUUUCGAAAGUAUAAGUCAUACUGAAACUUCUCUUAAUUUCAUAGAUUUGAUAAAAACCGUCACAAAUGUCAAUUUUGAUUUAAUUAAAACUCAUGCUUUACAACUGGUAAAUGUCGGAAUCAGGAUUCUUCAUGAAUAUUCCGAUAAGAAACUUAAAGUAUCAGUUGUUGAAACAAUAACAGCAAUUGUUCCUCAUUUGACUGAUGAAAAAGAUUUUGACAGACAAAAUUUGGCGGCAGAAAUAAUUUCUAUUGCUGAAAAAUACAAUUCUAGAUCAUUGAGUUUAGCAAUAAUGAAAUUACUUGGUUUGUUGGGAGCUGUUGAUCCAAGUUUGAUGAAGAAUAAUGAGAAUACAACCAAUGAAAACGUGUUUGAUGAUGUAGAAAUCGAUGUCAACAAACAAAGUUAUUAUUUGACAGUGACAUGUAACAGUUUAUUGAAUGUUUUGAAUGAUCAAAGUUUAAGUUCAGAUCAUAAUGAUGUUGCAAUAAUUUUAGUUCUUAUUUUUUGUACAAAAGAUCCUUCUCUUUAUGGACCGUUUAAGAGAUUCAUUCCUUUGUUUAUAGAUAUGAUUCGUGUAUCAAGAAAAUCUGUUUUAUUGGAACAUUUGCAGAAAUUAUGUACUCAAAGUCCUGCAGCAUGGUUAACGAAUUAUUCUGAUGAAAUAAUUUCAUUGAUUUAUGAAUUAUGGACUACUGAUGCUUUGAAUGAUAUCUUGUCUAUUAUUCCUGCAUUGGCGAGUGUUCUUUUGGACAGAUUCAGUCCUUUCCUUCCUCAAUGCAUUUCUUUGUUGUUGGAUUGUUUACAUUCUCACAGAACUUCUAACGAUCAAAUCUCUGAAAAAGUGAUAAAUUCAAUUUUGGCGUUGAGAAGAUUGUCUCAUGACUACAUUUUCUUGAUCAUCCCGGACUUGACAUCGGCAGUAACAUACUCAAUGACAUUAAAGAAAGUUAGAAUUCACGCGUUGGUCGCUUUGAGAGUAAUGAUUCAAUCAAUGCCUUUGAAAUCAUUUUCAGGCGAAAUUAUUCGUUGUAUAAACGUGACACUUAAAUUGAGAGAUCCUCAAUUAACUGAAUAUGCAUUACAAGUUCUUUAUUCAUUGCAAGUAUCCAUUAGUUCUACUUUUGAGCCAUAUAUUGAACAAGUUUCUCCAUUGAUUUAUUCCGACAAAUCGAUAAAUCCUGCUUAUUUCAAUGAACUCAAUGAAAGAAUCAAAAAACAGCAGGUAAUGAGUUUCAGCGAUUUUCCAUGGAUAAACCAGAGUGAUCCAAGCAAAGUUAACUUAGUAAACGAAGAACUGAGACCUAAAACAAGUUUCAAUGAACAAAAAUUGUUCGAAGCCGUUGAUUACAAAGAUGAAGAAAAUUACACUUGGCAAAGAAAAGAAUGGUUCAGAAGAUUUGUUUUUUCUGUUAUUAGUAACUCACCUGUUUUAUGUAUAAAUCUCACAGCGAGUAUUGCACAACACAUACAACAAGUUACUGAUGCAUUGUUUAACAUUGGCUUCUUAAGUUGCUGGGAACAAAUGUCUCCUAAUUACCAAGCGAAAAUGCAAUCAAUUAUUUCUAAAACAAUAAAAAGUGAUUUCCCUCCUGGCUGCAAAUCGAUGUUGAUUUCUUUAGUUGAAUUCAUGGAUAGAGCUGAAUCUCCUUUAGGAAUAAGUUACCAACUGUUAUGCGAAUGUUGCAAAGUUCUUGGACAUCAUGCACAAGCUUAUUAUUUCGCAAGCCGUUGGUAUAUUAAUGAAGGAACUCUUGAAGCGAAAGAUUCAAUGGUUUUUCUUGCAAGCAAUUUAGGAUUGAAAGAGAAUUGUUUUGGAUUAGUUACUACAUUUGAAAAUGGUGAGAUUCCGCCAAUAUGGUAUGAACAACUUGGUGAUUGGAACCAUGCUUUGGAAGGCUACAAAAACAAAAAUGAUAUCGAUGGAAUUGUGAGAUGCCACGCGAAAUUGAUGCAUUGGGAUGAAGUCAUUGAAGAAAAAGAAAAAAUUAUUUCAAGGAAUGGAAAUAUUAAACCAUUAAUCACUGCUUUGCACUUCAAAGGCCAACACAAAGAAGUUUUGGAUCUUGUGUCUAGAUUCACAAAUGAAGGACCUCUUCCAAGACUUUAUGCUGCUGUUUCAGCUUUGAUUUGCAACAAAAAAGAAAUUGCUGUUGAAAUUAUUGAAAAAGCAAGAGAAAUCUUGACUCAACAAGCGAGAAACAGAUUCAAACAUGAUAAAUCCCUUCUGUACAAAACAUUAGUUCACGCAAUGGCUUUCAAUGAAGUUUUGGAACAAGCAAAUGGAACAGUCAAUAAAAAACAAUGGCAAGAAAGAUUGAGUUUAAGUAGACCUGAAUAUGAUGAAUUUAGAGAGAUAUUUGAUGUUCGAAGGCCAUGUUUAAACAAAGAAGAAAUCACUAGCUACAACGCAACAUUGAUUUCCAGAGCGAGAUUAACAAGAGAUUGGGGUGCUUUCGAUAGUUUCGUUUCAAAUAUCACUCCAGAAAUGAUGAAUACAGCUCAAAUCCAAUUUUCAAUUGCUAGAUUCAUUUAUUCUCGUGGCCAACAACAAGAAGCAAUUGACAGAUUGAAGAACAUCAAUUUAGAAGGCAGCCAAGUCCAUAUACAAGCGAGAAUCAAGUAUAUGAUUGGCCAUUACAUAUUAAGAAUGCAUCCUCCAGACCAAAUUCAUCUUUUCGUCAAAGAUGCAAUACCUUAUUUCCAAGAAGCCUUGAAAAUAGAUCCAACAUAUUACAGAGCACAACAUAGAUUGGCUUGGGCUUAUUCACAGACAUGGCACAGUGAUCCUGCGAAGAAUUCAAGUUUCGCUUUGGAAGCUGUUUUAGGAUUCAUUUCGAGUGUUAACAUGAGACCGAAUUCAUCAUUUUCUGAUUUGAUACAGAUGAUUAUGAUUGUUUUCACAACAAAUUUGAGCGAUGAUGUAUUCCAACAAGUCAAGAGAUGCAUCAGUAAUUUGGAUCCAACAUAUGUUUUGUUGAUUAUUCCUCAACUUUGCGCGCAAAUAACAAGAGGAACACCGAGAAACACAGAAUUCGCAAAAGAAGUCAUUUCCAGUUUGUUGCCACAUCAUUACAACACAUUACUUUAUCCUUUGCUCCAAAUGCUCAACGACGAAAACAAAAACGAACACGCGGAAAGAGGAAGAGAAAUCGCAAAAGAAAUUCUCUCAAAAUUCAGAAGUGUUAAUCAUGUUGCUGUUCAACAAGCAAGUGACAUAAGUGAAGGUUUGUUCCAGGCAGCGUAUACACAGCUUGAAAGAUGGCUUGUUAUCAUUUCACAGAUCAAUUUGGCACUUGCUGAUAAUAACAUCGAAGCUGCAAAAGUUAUUUUCAAACAGUAUUAUCCGAAAAUUGAAAAUCCUGUAACUCCUGAUGAAGUUAGAUUUGCUGCUUUCUACAGGCCAGGAAAGCUUGAUAAUAUCCUCUCGAUAUUCGAUCAGAAACAAUCAUUCAUGCCUGAUAGAAGAUCGAUGAGAAUCAGGCAUUCUUUGCAACAAAUCGACAAAGAAAUGAAACAACAUCUUGAAAGCAUCAGAGCCUUGAAAUUACCUGAUUUAGCUCCAAAACUAGGAUCAUUAAAGAACUUUGUUUUGGCAGUGCCAGGAACAUUCAAAGCAGGACAUCAACUAGUAACAAUUGAAUCUGUUGAUCCUCUUCUUGAAGUCAUUGUUUCGAAACAACAUCCAAGAAUCAUUGUUUUCCACGGCAGCGAUGGAAAACCACACAGAUCUCUUCUUAAAGGACACGAAGACUUGAGAUUGGAUCAACGCGUUAUGCAGUUCUUCCAAUUGAUGAAUCUUCACAUCAAGAACGGUCCGAACACGAGAAUGAGGAACUUGGCAUUGCAUACAUUUGCAAUCACGCCGAUCUCCAACAGAUCAGGAAUUAUUCAGUUCAUUGAUGACACAGACACAUUUAAUCAGUUGAUUACUAGUUACAGGAAACAAAGAAGAAUCAACAUAAAUCUCGAGAAAGACAUCAUUUCUAAUAAUUUCACGAGUUCUGUUGAUGAAAUGACAACAGUACAAAGAUACGAAGCUCUUUUAACAGCUAUACAAAGCACGGAUGACAAUGAUCUCGAGAAAGCAAUUUGGAUGAGAUCUCCAUCAUCAAAUGAAUGGAUCAAGAGAACAACACGAUUUGCACAAACAUCUGCAGUCAUGUCAAUCAUCGGAUACAUUUUGGGAUUGGGCGAUCGCCAUCCAAGUAAUUUGAUGAUGCACAAAUCAAGUGGAGAUGUCAUUCACAUUGACUUCUCAGACUGUUUCGAGAUUGCCAAGACUCGUGAGCAGUUCCCAGAAGGAGUUCCUUUCAGAUUGACGAGAAUGAUGGUCAGAGCAUUUGGUCCAGCACGAAUCGAAGGAAAUUUCAGAAUUGCUGCAGAAGAAAUGAUGAAAAUCGUAAGAUCCCAUAGAGAAUCGAUAAUGACAGUGUUGGAUAUCUUCUUACAAGUCCCAAUUGAAUCAGAAGAAGAGUCUGAACUGUCCAAACUUGAUAUUCAUGCAGCCCUUGAUAGAAUAACUGACAAAAUUGUUGGAAGAGAUUUCGGAAGCCAGGAAUUAUCAAUUGAAGAUCAAGUUAGAAGAUUAAUCAAUGAUGCAACAAAUGUUUAUAACUUGGCAACAUUAUAUCAUGGUUGGACACCACUUUGGUAA